ACUUUUUUGCAGAAAAUGUCGAAAAUUACAAAACAGUGUUAAGCUGCAAUCUUAUUAUAAUUUAAGAUAUAUAAGGUUCGAUAGUGACCAGGACCAGCAUCAGUCCCUGAGUAACACUCCACCAACAAGCACAGCUUAAGCAAAACAACAUGUUCAAGUCUAUUGUAUUAGCCGCUGUACUCGGAGUUGCUAUUGCGCAACCACAACAUGCUCAACACUACAGCACUCCAGAAGCUACUGCAGAAAUCAAGAGCUUCGGCAGCGACAUUCACCCAGAUGGAUCAUACCAAUAUGCAUUCGAGACCACCAACGGAAUCUCCCAACAAGAACAAGGUGUAGGUGGACACCAGGCCCAAGGGGCCUCUUCCUAUGUAUCACCCGAAGGAAUCCCAAUCCAUCUUACCUACACCGCCGAUGAGAAUGGUUUCCAUCCACAAGGUGACCACAUUCCACAAGUCCCAGAUUACAUCUUGAGGGCUUUGGAUUGGAUCGCAGCACAUCCAUACAAAGAAGAAUAUGUUGUUAAGAAAGCUUAAGUUAAUUUACAAACAUUUGUAAAUUUGGUGAUUUAGUUUUUAUAUCUAAUCUUUCGAAUAAAGUAUUAUUUUAAAUUGAA